UCCAAAAACAACACCCGGUUUGCCAUGGUCAAUGGUUAACACUUGACCGCCUCUAUAUAAUCCUUCCCCGGCGGGGCGUCCUCCUGGGUUCAGCACCGGCCAGCUCCCUCCGCCACCAUGGUAAACUUUUGGCAGUUACUAUGGGCUUAUCGGAAGUAUCUGAUGUCCGUCCUGUUUCCAGUCUUGCUGCUGCCCCUGCCCCUCCUGAUCCCAAACAAGGAAGCCAAAUGUGCCUAUACUAUCAUCCUCAUGGCACUCUUGUGGUGCACAGAGACCCUGCCACUAGCUGUCACUGCCUUUCUUCCCCUUGUCUUCUUCCCCAUGAUGGGCAUCAUGGAUGCAUCAGAGGUUUCCAUAGAGUACCUGAAGGACACCAACAUCCUUUUCAUUGGGGGCCUCCUGGUGGCCAUAUCUGUGGAACACUGGAACCUUCAUAAGCGCAUCGCUCUUCGAGUUCUCCUCAUCAUUGGCGUGAGGCCAGCAUUUUUGAUCCUGGGCUUCAUGAUCGUCACCGCAUUCCUCUCCAUGUGGAUCAGCAACACGGCCACCACAGCAAUGAUGGUGCCCAUCGCUCACGCCGUCUUGGAUCAGCUACACAAAGCCCCAGAGCAGAAGCAUGGUGAGGCAGGCCACGUCAACAUCUCCUUUGAGCUCCAGGAGCCUCAUUGUAAUCCUGAGAAAGAACCACCGAGCCUGACUGAGAAGGAGAGCAGCCCUGUCCCAACAUCGAUGCCUCCGGACUACAAGGAGAAGGAGGAGGAGAAGCAGGAGGAGGAGAGGGAGAGGGACCACCUCAAAUUCUCCCAAGGCAUGAGCCUCUGUGUGUGCUAUGCCGCCAGCAUUGGUGGGAUAGCCACCCUGACAGGCACCACUCCCAACCUGGUGUUACAGGGACAAAUCAACUCGCUCUUCCCAGACAACCCCAGUGUGGUGAACUUUGCUUCCUGGUUUGGUUUUGCCUUCCCCACCAUGGUUCUCCUACUGCUGCUCUCCUGGAUAUGGCUCCAGAUCCUCUUCUUGGGAUUCAACUUCCGGAAGAACUUCAGUUGUGGAAAGCAGAGUCGGGAAAAAGAGCGAGCAGCCUACCAGGUUAUCCAGGCUGAACACAAGAAGUUGGGCCCCAUGAGCUUUGCCGAGAUAGCUGUCACCUUCCUGUUCUUCAUCCUAGUUGUUCUUUGGUUCACCAGAGAACCUGGCUUCUUCCCUGGAUGGGGCAAUGUGGCCUUUCCUAACCAGAAAGGGGAAAGCAUGGUCUCCGAUGGCACCGUGGCCUUCUUCAUCAGCAUCAUUCUGUUUAUCGUACCCUCAGAGCUCCCCAUCUUCUCCCAGCAGCAGGGCUCCCAGAAGUUCAAGGCCCCGCCUGCCCUCCUCAACUGGAAUACUGUGAACAAGAAAAUGCCCUGGAAUAUUGUCUUCCUGCUGGGCGGAGGCUUUGCCCUGGCCAAGGGCAGCGAGAAAUCAGGCCUGUCCCAUUGGCUGGGAAGCAAGCUGACACCUCUGCAAUCAAUCCCUUCUCCAGCCAUUGCCUUCAUCCUUUGCCUCCUUGUGGCUACCUUCACUGAAUGCACCAGUAAUGUGGCCACCACCACCCUCUUUCUGCCCAUCCUUGCUUCCAUGGCCCAGGCCAUCUGCCUCAACCCACUCUAUGUGAUGCUCCCCUGUACUCUGUCAGCCUCACUAGCCUUCAUGCUCCCUGUGGCCACCCCACCUAAUGCCAUCGUCUUCUCCUAUGGGCAGCUCAAAGUGAUUGACAUGGCAAAAACAGGAUUCCUUCUCAAUAUCAUUGGCGUGCUGACAAUCACACUGGCCAUCAACACUUGGAGCUACCCUAUCUUUCAACUGGACCAAUUCCCCACCUGGGCCCAGGGCAACGAUACCUCCUGCCAGGUUAAUGGCCAGGGCAACACAAACUUCACUUCCCCUUAAUCUCUCUGGGGAGGAAGACAGCUCAGAGAGAAGCCGGUGAUCCUUACUUGAACACAUACACCCAGAUCCUUCAACUUCCAUCUGGGCAGGAUUGGAGAUGGUGAAGAAGUGGUCCCAGCAUUAGUAUGUGUGAGCACAUGUGUACAUAGUAGUGUGUGUUCAUGUUUCUUGGCCGGUAUGUGUGUCAUAGGGCAUGUAUGCUCUAUAUUUGUAUUUGCAUGGCAUGCCUGUCUGUGUGUGUUUAUGUGUAUCCAUGUGACAGCUGAAUGAGGGUAUUUUGUGCCAACACCUCCUUUGGUUUCUCAACACACAUGGCCUCAGCCUCUUUUGACUAUAUUUAUUGAGACUCUAAUGAGGGUCCAAUUGGAAGUUCACAUGUCCUGACUGACUUGAAUUUCAGUCCCUCAGCAGGGUGCUUAGCCACUUCAGGACCUGGCUGGACAGACAGCUCCUUCUCUUGAAGAGUCUGGAGUGGGGUAGGGGAAGAAGGAGGGUUCAGAGUAUUUGACACAUUAAAGAUUUUUCUGUACCUUA